UUGAAUAAAGCGGAAGGAAGAAAGCACGGCAACAUUAUCAAUCAAAACCCUUUCCAUAAACUUUCUUGUUUGCCUUUCCAUUUUUGUUUUUUUUAAAGGAAUUCCGAUGGAAGACGACGAUGAGUUUGGGGAUCUUUACACGGACGUUCUCAGGCCAUUCUCAUCAACAUCCGAACCGACGUCGUCCGCAUCCGUUGCUCCGCAGCCGCACCGGCCUUCUCCUGCACCCACGCAUCUCCACCUUGCGAUUGAUCUCAACCUUCAAUCUCAAGACGACGGCAAUACCCUCUUCGGAGCUCCACCUGUAAUCCACUCCGCCCAAACCCUACCCCUCUUCAAAUCAAUUCCUCCUCCAGCUGCCCCUGAUACUGCAGCUCCGGAUUCGAUCCCUUCCACCCAUUCAGCUCCCGAAUCGAUGGUUCUGGAUCCUAAAAAAGAACUGGAACAUGAAAAAGAGGUUGGAUUUGAUUUUGAAGAGGGGGCUAGUAAUGGAAUUGAGGACAUCGGCUCAAUUGAUCCGUUAAUCCCGGGUUUAACCGAAGUGGUUCACCAGGAAGACUACGAUAACGGAAUACAAGGCAGCCAGGCGGAAGCCGAUGGAGGAAGGGAUGAUUGGGAUAGUGACAGUGAAGAUGAUCUACAGAUAGUAUUAAACGACAACCACCACGGUCCGAUGGCUAUGGAAACCGGAGGAAUGAUGGGAGAAGAUGGUGAUGACGACGAAGAUGGGGACCCGCUUGUGAUACUGGCUGAUGGAGAUGCAAACCAAGGGACUGGGGAGCAAGAAUGGGGCGAAGAAGGAGGGCAGGCUGCGGAUGUGGAGAAAAACGAAGGCGGAGAAGCAGGGAAGGUUGGUGGCGCCGGUAGAGGAAUUGUCCUUGCACCGAAAAUUGGGUACAGCAGUCAUGGAUACCAUCAGCUUCAUUCUCAGUUUAAGUAUGUAAGACCCAGUGCAGCACCUAUGCUUGGAGCCACUGAGGGCAGUUCUGGAGGAGCCCCAGAUCAGGUUUCUCCAAUGAUGGGUGCCAUGGCUGGUCAUGGUAGAGGUGAUUGGAGACCAUCUGGAAUGAAAGCUGGCCUUCCCAUGCCAAAAGGUUUCCAUCCUAAUUUUGGAGCGCCUGGCCGGGGUAACAACAUGGCAAGACGCAGUUUUGGUGGCGGGCUGGAUUUCAUGCUUCCUUCUCACAAGAUUAUAUUCGAAGUCAAGAUUGACAAUUUUGAGGAAAAGCCAUGGAAAUAUCCUGGUGUUGAUCUCUCUGACUUUUUCAACUUUGGCCUAAAUGAGGACAGCUGGAAAGAUUAUUGCAAACAACUGGAACAACGCCGCCUGGAGACAACCAUGCAAAGCAAAAUUCGAGUUUAUGAAAGUGGGAGAACAGAGCAGGAUUAUGAUCCAGAUUUGCCUCCAGAAUUGGCAGCAGCAACUGGGCAAGUGGUUCCAGCUGGUGUUUCUAAUAUUGUAAACUCAAAUGGUGGACAAAAUGACAUGACAAAAGUGGCUGAUCGAAUGCGACCGCCACUACCAACUGGAAGACCGAUACAAGUGGAGGGAGGUUCUGGGGAACGCCUCCCUUCCAUUGAUACUCGGCCACCUCGUAUCCGUGAUUCAGAUACGAUCAUUGAGAUUGUCUGUCAGGAUGCUCUAGAUGAUGAUUCCUCCACAGGCAAUGGUGGUGGUGAUCGUGCCGAAAAUGAUCCGCCAAUAGAGGAUCUUAGAGGAGAUGUUGCGUCUGAAGCUGAGAUUGUACGCAAAGAUACUGAAUAUUUUAAUGGUUUUCCAGAUGCUAGUAAAAUUCGAAAGGAGCUAGUUGGAAGAACUGUGAAUUUUGUUCAUAAUGCGCAUGAAGACAAUAAGGCUUUCCCUUUCCCUGUGGACGCAUCACGUCCAUAUGGUCCUGGAUCUAGGGGUCAGGGUCCUAUGGAUCCUAUUGAAAACUCGGGCGGCCCUCAUGACGAGAGGAAUCGACAGGGAAGAGCACAUAAGAGAUCCCCAUGCAUGACACCUAUUCAUGGUAAAUUGGAUAAUGUCCAUGAUGCCGAUGAGGAAGAAUCUAUUGAAAGCAUGGAUGGUAAAUCUGCUCUUGUAGUUAGAAAUCCCAGGGAGUUAAGGGUGGAGCCAAAGGAUGAUGCUGAUGAAGAACUUGAGCCAGCUGAUGGAAGCCCUGGUACAGAAAAGGACGAGCUAAUAAAUGGCACCCAUAAGGAUGAGAGUUCACUUAAACCCAUGCAAACUGAAAAAAUAAGAUCUGAAGUAGAGCAUUGGAAUCGAGAACUUGACGAUGAUGAGGAUUCUAGGGCUGCAAGAAGUAGUGAAAACAGCAAAGCAAGAUCUGGCAGCAGCAGAGAUUAUCAGAAGUGGCGAGAUGGUGCCGAGGAAGUUGUUCGAGGCGAACAUUCUUCUCGCAUUGGGAUUGUGAAGAAAUAUAUUGAUGAACAUGAUCAAAUUUGGAGAAAAGACCAUGAUGGGGGACAUGAUGUGGAAAUAAAUCGCAUGGCAGGUAAACCAGGAGAGGAUUCUUAUCCUCUUAGAGACUUUGACACUAGCUUGUCACAUAAUAUGCAUGUUAAAACAGAAGGUUCCAUUAGGCGAAGGGAGAGUGACAACCCUGAUGGUACUCGUCGGUGGAGAGAAGAUGAUUUUUAUGGCAGGACAAAUAAAACUGAAGACUUAAGAAAGAGAGAUCGUGAUAAUGAAAUGGGUUAUAGGAACAGGGCUAAGGUUCGAGAAAGUGAGAGGAGUGACAAAGAUUAUUAUCCACGUAGAAAACAAUUGGACAAUUUCUGUUACAAGGAUGUCAGUGCAAGACAUAGGGAAAGAGAUGAUAAUUUGGAGAGUAAGCACAAAGCAGCUGAUGAUUACCACAGCAAAAGAAGGAAAGAUGAAGAGUAUCUGAAGAGGGGUCAUGCAGACAAAGAGGACAUCCUGCAUGGACGUAGAGAAUCCAGCAGCAGUCGCCGGAAACGGGAAAGGGAAGAAACCUUAGAUCCACGUGAGAGAGAUGAGCAACCAAGAAUAAGAGAUAAUUUUGAUGAACAUCUGUCAGCUUGGCACACGGAUGAGGUUUCGUUGCACAGAGAGAGGGUUGAGAUGCAGCGGGAGAGGGAUGAAUCGCAUAGGCUAAAGCAAUCCCAUGAUGGAAGUUUAUCAAAACGGGAGAGAGAGGAAGUACGAGGUACUGUGAGGAGUGGCCGUGGUUUGGAAGACAAAGCUUGGGUUGGCCAUACCAGGGGAAAGGAUGGAUAUAAAGUUUCUGAAAAAGAAUACCAACUCAAAGAGACGUUACGCCAAAGUGAACAAGUAAAUAGAAGGGAUUGGAAUGAUGAUGACAAAAGCCAAAGAGGGCGUGAAGAUUCGUAUGCUCGUGGACACCAAUUUAGUAAUUAUGAGAGAAAAUCCAGGCAGGAAAGGUCAAGCACUCAGAGUGACCAUGCUGCAAUUGCUUCAGAUAGCCAAAAGGUACAUGAGAAGAAACAUAAAGAAAACACUAAGAAGAAUAGCCAAAAGGGGAAUCCAAUCACUUUGAGUUCUUCCAGGAAAAGCCAAGAAGAUUUAAGUGGUCACAACAAUGAAACGGGCUUGAAAUGUGUUGAGAAGAACCCAAUACAGCAUAACUCUCUGAAAAAACAUAGAGAAGAUGCUUCUUCAGAUGACGAACAGAAAGAGUCGAAACGAGGGCGUUCCAAAUUGGAACGAUGGACAAGCCAUACUGAGAGGGAUUACAGUGUCAACAGCAAGUCAUCAGCUUCCUUGAAGUUCAAGGAGAUUGAGAUGAUUAAUAAUGUGGUAUCUUCUGAAUCUUACAAAAUUGCAGAUGGACCUGGUAAGUUGGUUCAGCCUGCUGAGAACCACUAUCCUCCUCUGUCUGACAAUAAAAAUGUUAGUGAGCCAGAGAUCAAGGAUGCUGAUACAAGGCCAUUGGAGGAUCAGAACCUCGACACUGUCGAGAAACUGAAGAAGCGAAGUGAGAGGUUUGAACUUUCAAUGCCCAAGGAAAAAGAUGCUGCAGAAAUAAAGACGGAGAGCAAGACACAACCUUCAGUCAAGAAUGGUGGAGCCCCUGUAGAUUCGGAGAUUAAACAUGAGAGACCUGCUCGAAAACGAAGGUGGGUCAACAACUGAUAGUGGAAUAAGCAACGUACAUUUUUGCUACGUGCGGUAUAUUUUGAAGUGGCCUCUAUAUGGUUCCCAGGAUGAGGAUUUAACACAGUUACUUUCAUAGCUUGUAUGCUAUUGUAACAAUGCUGCUGCCAAGUACUUUUUUUAAUCUUUCCAAAGCUAUGUGUAUACAUACACCAGAGAAUGUAACAUUAAAGUAGUCGAAAAUCGUUCCACAUAUCCUAUUUAGAGUGGAAUUGAGUUGUGUACUGUUCAUCCGGAUUA